GCACUUGAGGAAAGCAGAAUGUCAGGAGAUAUUGAAAGAAUUAAAAAAUAAAUAGAAGAUGAAUUAGGCAGAAUCAGCAUUUCUUCCUUUGAAGCAGAUGAUCCUGACACAGAGGUACCAGAUGGACCUCUGAGUGACAGUGACACAAUUUCAGGUGACUUUCCUGAAUCAGUUCUCUUUAUCAAGAAGAGCAAACAAAACACUGAAAAGCUUAUACUACAAGACUUGGAAGAUGGACAAACUGCAAACAACCUUUGUGGAGUAGAUUCCUGCCAUGCUUUUGAAUCCAAUGGAGAUCCAGAACAAUUCAACAAAAAGAUACUGUUUGAAAUUGAAAAUGAAGACUUGCAGAUUGCUGCAACACCUAGUUAUAGUCAGUCCACCAGUGAUGAAGUGGUCACUGGUGACCACUGUGUUACAGGAAUUAACAUGAUUCUGGAUCAGCCUCUGUUUUUCAGUUACUUACUGUCUGCUAACUUUCAGUCAGAUGUAAUUCCAGACGAUGCAAAUUUGUUUUCUCUGAUUGAGACUAUAUUGGGCAAGGAGGGAAAUGCUAUUUAUCUGCAACUGAAUGAGUUACAGAAAGAAAAGAAAGCUUGGAGAGACAAAAUCAUACAUCAUGAGGAAUUGAUCAUGAAAUGACAGUUGCAAAUGGAAGAGAUUAAAAUGGCCUUGGAAGACUAGAAAGCGAAAGGAAGACAGCCCCUAGCUGAACAACAGAAUAUAGCAGCUGUGAAAAUCCAAGCUAGAUUCAGAUCACUUUUAGUCCACAAAUAUGCUCCCAUUUUAAAAGAAUGGAAAUAUGAAAUGAUAAAGAAGCAGAAAAGAUUAGAAGAAAUAGAGAAUGAAAGAGAGGAAAUAGUGAAGAGACAAAUGGAAGAAAAUAGGCUGAAGAGAGAGGAGGAAAACAGGAAACAAGAAGAAUUUGAAAGACAAGAAUAUCUGGAACAGGUGAGGAGGCAUGAGGAAUAUGAGAAAAAGAAAGAAAGCCUGAGACUUGAAAGAGGAAAACAACUGCAAAUAAGAAGAGAAGAACAGAGAAAACUAGGACAAAAUGUAGCAAAAGCUGUGAUGAGUCAAAGUGUUGAAAACAACACAAAAAAAAACAUAAGAAAGGAUAAUCAGACAUAAAAUGCAAAAGUAAUAAGAGAACAGAAGAAGGAACUAAAUAAGCAAGUAGAGGAACAAAAAGAAAAACAUGCUGAAAUGAUGGAUGAAACAAAUAAUUGGAUGAUUCCAGCAGAAAGAAAUUUGACACCAACACCAAAUAUGCCAGGCUCUUCUCAAGUAAGUAAUGAGGAAAUGGAUGUGAAUUCAAUAACACAAGUAGAAGAAAAUUGCUCACAAACUAGAUACCUUAAUAAGACUCCAUGUAGUUAUACUUCAAAGGAUGAAUCCAACUCUGGAGCUAAUGGCAUGAUAGAAAAUAAAGCAAACAUCAUAUGCAGCAGUCCACCAAAUGGCCAGCCAAAUGCUAGUAACAGAGAAGUCAAAGAUCAAUUUUCUCGGUAUGAAACAAUGAAGAAAACUGUGUUUCUAGUGGAAGAUGCUAAUGAGGAAGUGAGAAAACGACCAAGGAGAAGUUCAGUUAGAAAGAUGCCUCCAUUAAGUACAGAAAAAAUAAUUCAUACUGGCCCUUGGAGUAGCUUGCAGUAGUUUGAUUUGCCAGCCUGUAGCCUCUCAGCAUUGUCUGAGUGUUCAAAUCUUCAAGUUUUGACUCUGAGACGCUGUGGACUAGUUGCACUGGAAUGACUAAGUAACUACAAAUACCUAAAGUAUACCAAUGUGGAGGAUAACAACAUUCAGAUAAUUGACUGUAAAAAUCUAGAAAAUUUUUGUAUUCUCAGUCUUGAUAAGAACCAUCUUUCAUCAGUUUGUGGUUUAGAUGACUGCAUAAAUCUCCAAAUUCUUGAACUUUCCUACAAUAGAAUCACUCGAAUUGGUGGACUGGAGUCACUGAAAAAUCUUCAGCAAUUAAUUGUGGACCAUAAUCACUUAAUCAGCACAAAAGGUCUUUGUGAGGCCCCUACUCUCAUUCACCUAGUCAUACAAGUUCAAGGCAUUGAGAAUUGUGGCCUACUCCAAGUUCUGAAGUUGGAAGGCAAUAAUCUCCAGGAGCUUCUAAGACUGGAAUAUCAUGUUCUCCUAAGAGAACUAUAUUUGGAUGUCAAUAGCAUUUCUGCUGUAAGAAUGCUUUCUUCUUAUUGGUUGCCUGUAUUGCAGAUUCUUUUGCUGUCUCUAAAUGGAUAAAUAACUGAGUUUGUGCCUUUAAAUUCUUUUGUAUCUUUGGAAAGGCUGGAUAUCAAAUAUAACUGCUUGUCAGACCUUAAAGAUGUCCUUACAUGGUUAAGUGGCUGUCAUAAACUAAAGGAGUUGUCAAUCAGUGGAAAUCCUUUUCUCCAAGAAAGAAACUGGAGGUCUUCCUUGUGUAAGAUCCUUCCUAGUUUACAGUUUCUUGACGGUGAAAUCUUAACCUAUCAAACUUUACCCACAACUGAAAAAAUGAAAGAAUCAGAAUUAAGAACUUUUCUGGAAAUUUGUCAAGUGCAAAUGAAAGAAUAUAUUAAACUGAAAAAAAGGCUUCUGAAUUGGAGUAUAAUUGCCUCUUCUAUUGAUUCUGCACAAGGACAGUGCUGGUAUUUUAAUCAGUUGAUGAAACGUAGUAUUAAACAUGGAUACGCACAUAAGUACAGUGAACUAAACAUUACUGACAGAGGUGGACCAGAAGCACUUCAAAAUCAUUUAAAGCAAACAGCCACUGGCUGCCUACAGAAAAAUAACCUCUUUAUCAUGGGUGCGACAGAAAAUAAACAGGUCUUGUUGGAUCUUUCCAAAAGAUGGAUUACUACUGGCGAUAUUCAGGCCACAUUCGUUAACUCCUCCAUACCUGUGCACCAAAAGGAAAAUAGAGAAGAUCAGAGAGUAAAGCAGAAGAGCACUGAAUCUUGUAUUAAUUACAGUGGGGCAAGCAAAGGCAACAAUAACACGUCAGCCCACCUCGCACUGCAGCAGUCAGUGAUAGUAGCAAGUAAUAUGGGGAGAAAUCUUCAGCAGUUUGAGAAUGAUACAGAAAGAAUGCAUAUGGCAGCAUCAGUGAUCCAGUCCUUUUGGCGGCAGUACAAUGCUCGGAGGAAAAAUGAGUGCAACAAAACAGAGAAUCAUCAGUUUACAGAAGCUUUGAUACAGAAGCAUGAAGCUGCCACACUAAUCCAGGCAUUUUGGAAGGGUUUUCUUUUGGGAAAGAAAGUGGCCAGUGCUCUUGCAGCUGUUAAAAUUGAUGAAGUGGAGGAUGAAUAUGAAGAAGUAAAUGUGGAUGCUUUGACCUUUUCUGAAGCAGCGUUAGAGAAGGAAUGGCUAACUCUAGAUUCCACCCGUUUCCCUUCAAAAACACUCCUGCUCUCAAACCAGCUGCACUGGCCAAAGUUUCCUAGGGCUUCAGAUUCCAGUGAACAUUUAAAUAGUUUGCCAUUGUCACCACAAGAAAUUUGGCAGUGUGUUGACAGACCACAUUCAUACUCAGCAGAAAAUAUCGACUUUCAUAGCAGGUCAGGGAAGGAAACAAUGUCACAGCUUUCUGACUGGAAGGAAAAAGAGAAAUUAUUAUUGAUGCCUGAAAAAGAAAAGAGAAUUUCAGAAGAAUGGGGUUUUAAGGAUAUUUCUACUGCACAGCUAUUGCUGAAGAGGGCCCAUAAAAUGAAGCCUAAAAAUAAUAGUAAUAAAAGUUUAGACCCAGCUGUGUGCCUGGCGUUGUUCAAAAACAAUGAAAAUAAACAUCUCCAUGUGAAACCACCAAGGAAGACACAGCCUAUAAAUGCUGGAUACUUUGAAG